CCGGCCGAAAGCGCGGCAGUCCUGAGUCACCUGUUGGUCGCUGUCCCCAGCCAUGGCUCUGUGCUGCUGGCGCUGGGUGCGCUUGCCGGCGUGGCCUCGAACCCGGCCGGCUCCCGCUAGGAGCACUCUGGGUAGGAGAAGGCGCUUCGGACUGGCCCCAGCCUUGUACCAGCAGUUCUCCACUCAGACAACCCCCCAGAUCUGUGUGGUGGGCAGUGGCCCAGCUGGCUUCUACACAGCCCAGCACUUGCUAAAGCACCACACCCGAGCCCAAGUGGAUAUCUACGAGAAGCAGCUCGUGCCUUUCGGCCUGGUGCGCUUUGGGGUGGCGCCCGACCAUCCUGAGGUGAAGAAUGUCAUCAACACAUUUACCCAGACAGCCCACUCUGAGCGCUGUGCCUUCCGGGGCAAUGUGGCAGUGGGCAGGGAUGUGACGGUGCCAGAGCUGCGGGAGGCCUACCACGCUGUGGUGCUGAGCUAUGGGGCGGAGGACCACCGGGCCCUGGGGAUCCCUGGCGAGGAGCUCCCUGGCGUGUGCUCUGCCCGGGCCUUUGUGGGCUGGUACAACGGGCUUCCUGAGAACCAAGAGCUGGCACCGGACCUGAGCUGUGACACUGCUGUGAUUCUGGGGCAGGGGAAUGUGGCUCUGGAUGUGGCCCGGAUCCUGCUGACCCCCCCUGAGCACCUGGAGAAAACAGACAUCACGGAGGCUGCGUUAGGGGUCCUGAGACAGAGUCAGGUGAAGACAGUGUGGAUCGUGGGCAGGCGCGGGCCCCUACAAGCAGCCUUCACCAUUAAGGAGCUUCGGGAGAUGAUCCAGUUACCAGGAACCCGGCCCAUUUUGGAUCCUGCAGAUUUUUUGGGCCUCCAGGACAAGAUCAAGGAGGUUCCCCGUCCAAGGAGGCGGCUGACAGAACUGUUGCUUCGCACAGCCACGGAGAAACCAGGGGUGGAGGAGGUUGCUCGCCGGGCCUCGGCCUCCCGUGCCUGGGGGCUCCGCUUUUUCCGAAGCCCCCAGCAGGUGCUGUCCUCUCCAGAUGGGCAGCGGGUAGCAGGCAUCCGCCUGGCAGUUACCAGACUAGAGGGUGUCGGUGAGGCCACCCAUGCAGUGCCCACAGGAGAGACGGAGGACCUCCCUUGUGGGCUGGUGCUGAGCAGUGUUGGGUAUAAGAGCCGGCCCAUCGACCCUAGUGUGCCCUUUGACCCCAAACUUGGGGUCAUCCCCAAUACGGAGGGCCGGGUUGUGGAUGUGCCAGGCCUCUACUGCAGUGGCUGGGUGAAGACGGGACCCACAGGUGUCAUUGCUACCACCAUGACCGACAGCUUCCUCACCAGCCAGGCACUGCUGCAGGAUCUGAAGGCUGGGCUGCUGCCCCCUGGCCCCAGGCCUGGCUACACAGCCAUCCAGGCCCUGCUCAGCAGCAGAGGAGUCCGGCCCAUCUCUUUCUCAGACUGGGAGAAGCUGGAUGCUGCAGAAGUGUCUCGGGGUCAGGGCUCUGGAAAGCCUCGGGAGAAGCUGGUGGAUUCUCAGGAGAUGUGGCGAUUGCUUGGGCACUGAGCCUGGAUCUUAGUCUUCAGGGGAAGGGUCCUGAGUCUGUCUGGGCUGGACUCAGCUCCUUUACGAUGUGCCUGCCACUCUUCAUGGUUCCUCUCUGCACUGCCUUCCACCAGAUGGUCAUCCUGGCUAGUGUGGUUUGGCCCCAGGAGGUGAUCUUAACUUAGGGAGGGGUGGAGGCACAGGUUGGCCCUACCCUUUUCAGCUCUCUCCUGCUGGACUUCGCAGGGCUAGGAGGUCGGAAAUAUGUUGGAAAUAAAACAGCUGAAACCAAG